UUCUUAGGUCCCACAAUAUGGUGCUUGCCACUUAACUCUUCUGAUGGAAUUGAGCGUAAUUAUCGGAUUACUGUGCUGGCGCUGCGAAGCUGGCAAUAUUUACUAUUCCUCGGUCAUGUCGCCAUGUUCUGACACGCGCUCACUUCGGUUUGAAAACUAUUUUUUGCCAGUGUAAAUAUAUAUGUAUAUAUGUGUAUAUUUACACUAGGAGGAUUAAUUUAUGCGCUAGGAGACGGAAUGAGUGUGAAGUUCAAGCGGAUGCUGCAAUAGCAAACCAAAGGAGUCUUUCCCAGAGGCCAAAGGGCGACACCCCAUCUUGCUGUAUUGUCAUGUCCGUGUCCUCUCUCCCGGAAUGGAAGCAACUCCUGUUGGAGAAAAAGAGGAGAGAGGAAGAAGAGCGAGGGAGGAGAGAAAAAGAGGAGGAGGAGAAAUUUGCCAACAUGCCUGCCUGGAAGCGAGGCAUCAUCCAGCGUAGGAAAGCAAAACAGGAAGUCCUGUUUGACAGGGAGAAGGAAAGAGAUCUCUCCGUGCUGCAAGUAGACGCUCAACCUCCUUCUGAUGCAUUGAGCGACACAGACAGCUCUGUAACUGUCAAUCAAGGAAACGAACAGUCACUCAGUCCAGACCCGGGCCAGUGGGCGGAUGCCGAACUUAAACCAGCAAGUGAGGUGUCCAUGGAAACGAUCGUGCCAGUCCAUGAAAACCCAUUUAUUCGAACGCAAAGUGUUUGGAGGAAGGGGAAAGAUGUUGGGUACCACGAGGUGGAAGCAAAAGACAAAAUGGCCCCUAAGAGUCACGACGGGGACAGAGGACGAGGGAUGAACAUAGAGCUAAAAAUAGAAAGAUUCCGAGAUUUAAGUGAAGGACGAGACAAAGAAAAGAGCAGAGACCGAAGUCAAGGAAAAGACACAAAAAAGGAGGUACGGGAAAAGGACAAAUGUUCAUGGAUAGAUGUAAUCAAGGAUAAAGAAUUCCCGAAAGAGGAAAAUGAAACUUCUUUCUCUUCGCUGGUCCCUUGUCUCCGAACCAUACGGGCGGACAAUAUCAUCAUCAUUGAACAAGACCAGCGAGGUAAUGACGAAAGAAGACCUAAAUGGAGGGACAUGGAAGCGGAGAGGUCUGAGGAGGAGUUCCAAGGAAGAAGAGGGAUGAAAAUGGAUCUUCGGGAGAUCCUAGCCGGAGGAGCUAACGUAACCGAAAUCAGAGCAUCAGAUGUUCUUAUCAUAAAGCCCACAACCACCAUGGAAGAUCGAACCUCUGGGAGGGAAGAUGGCGAUACAGAAGGAAAGAAGGACAUGAGAACCGACAUAUCCCGGUUGAAGGAGAAUUCCAAAGAUAAGGAAAAACCAUGCGGCCAGGCGACAAUGAUAAAAGAUUCCAGCUUGGAUGACAAUGUGUUUCAUGAAAAAGGUGGACGAGUUAGCCAGCUGCUUACUAAAUUCGGAGAACUCCGUAAGCCUCCGUGUAGAUCAAAAAGUUCCGAUAAUUUCCUCCGACCCGGAAAAAGGAAACACUUUAGUGAUAAUAAUGAACGAACAGCGGAAAACAUGUCGGAUGGGAGAAAUGCGGUUCUUAAAGGUGUACCCAAACGCUCCUUUAGCUUCUCUGAUAGGCUCCUGAGUGCUAAGGAGAACGGCUUGGAUCCGGAUGUCGGUUUUGAGAGGAAAACACAUGAGAGGAUAUAUUCGGAUAGGCGCGUAGCAGGCUUAGGGAAAGACACGGCAACAAAGGGUAAAAUCGGAUGUGAGAAUCCGAGUGAUGCGACACAGACGAGAAUGGGAUUCCAAAAUAGUACUGAAGUCAAAAAGUCAGGGAUAUCGAACAAUGAAGACAAAGAAGGAUUUACGAUGGCGUCUGUUAAAAGCACAGAGGGAAUCUCAUAUGCAAGGAGAAUUCCGAUUAAGCAAGAUGCGAAGACGAGGACAGCUGAAAGAGCAGCGCCAUGGAGCGUCACGGAAAAAAGGGAGCUGAUCACAGAGAAUGAUUGUGACUCCGGAAAACCGAAAAAAAUUGACAAAACAUUACUGAAUGUUUUGGAAAACCCUUGUGCAUCCGCUGAGACCUGCUUCCGACUUGAAUCCGAUCACAAAGAGUACUCCGGUCUUCUGAGUACCGUAGUCCCAAAAGAGGCAGAACAUAUUGGAUCAUCCUAUCAAACAGAAGAACUCAAAGUACAAAAAUUAGCCGAUUAUACCAAUGAAAGAACUCCGAGGGGACAAAUUCACAAUGAAAACUCUACUCCCAGAUCCCCGAAAAGAAUCCCUCCGAUGGGAAACCCUCCAGGUUCCCUUGAGAUCCAAAUCCCCAGGACCGUUUUUUAUGUUGCUGAGGAUUUGGAUCGAAAAAAGACCUCAAGUCAAAGCAAGGAAAAUAAAGACUCGGAAGGAGGAUCCAUGGUUGAGAGGCGGGAUAGCUGGAGAGUCGGCAAGCCUUUGAGCCGUAUUGAGUCCCUACGUGAGAAAAUUAGACAACGGGAGCAAGAGAGGCUUCGACAGAGUCGGACACUUGGUGUGGAUGGAAGUGAAGGUGCAACAGAAGGUGACACGGAAAAACCCGCAGAACAUUUGCAGAAGACCAUGGUUGCAGCAGAGAGCUGUGAGGAAGACGCAGAGGCCCAGAUAUCCGUGACUGCUCUUGACAUCACACAGGAAGUCGCCCUGUUGAAAAACUGCCCUCAACUUCCUGUUUCUGUCCGACAUUCACACAGUGUAGACGGAGAGGAAGUAAGCAGCGAUCUCGCUCAUGCUGUAACCAAAGAUAUCGGUGAAUCUUGUCAAAUAUCUGAGGAGGAACCGAACACUGGGAAGUAUGUGGAAGAACAACUGACUUACCACCGGAGUCCAGAAGACGAGGAAGUCAAGGAGGUCUCUGAAACAACAUCCUGCGAUCCUCCUUCGCCACCGCAUCCCAACUCUCUGGCAGCAAUGAGUCGGAUAUACAACUUGGAAACGGUUGGUUCAAGGUCAGGUUUGUGUUUGAGAGACAGGAACUUGGACGUACCAUCAGUGCAUCUCGUGAAGGUGAAGCCCCUUAUCUCAGAAAACGUGGACGGUAACGUGUUCUCAGGGGAAGACACUUGCGGGCUCCAGAAAUUUCAGGAAGCGACAAUAUCAAACUCCAAGGAUUCAGACACAAAAGGACCCCAAAGCAAAGGAACCAAGAAGCACCAGUUGAAGGAUUACGCCAAAAACGAGGAAACACUUGAUAUCAACUCUAAACUCCGUCCCAGAUGUUUUUUUCCUUCAACGUCUCAUCUCAAGCAACCAAACCCAAUUAACACCUCACAUCUCAGGAACCAAUCCCCAGAGAGAUCGCUAAAACCCUCAGACUCUGCCCCAACUCCAGCCUCCUCCCCGUGUUCCCCGUCUCCCGCCGCCUCCCCCGUAGCCUCGCCGACUUUAUUCUCCAUCCGUAGUGCCUCCGGCGGUCAAGUGAAGAGAGGAACCACCGUCACAAUCACCCCAAAAAAUCACCCCAUCGCAGUGGCGUGCACCAAUGCAAAAACACUCCAGAAGCACCAAACCCCAACUUCGACUGUUGCUGAACCCAUGAAGAAGAAGUAUCCAACAGUAGAGGAAAUUGAAGUGAUUGGCGGAUAUCAGAAUCUGGAAAAGUCCUGCCUCGUUAGAAGCAAAGGGACUCAGAAACUGGGUAAGGUGUGUUUCGAUGAAGACCAGUUGGAGCAGGUAUGCGAGUAUCCUUCCGAGACCUCCAUGUGGGCAUCCGGCACCUCUGAGGUUCCACAGGGAGACGAGACGCAGGAGGCGGAAGCGGACGGAGGAGUCAUCGUGUCGAAGAGCUCAAGGAACUUGAGUACCGCAAUAGGACAUGGUCUCCGAGUGGGUCAGUGUCACCCCCUUCUCAAAAAACACAGCGUCUGAUAGUUGAUCUUUGACUGUCUUAAUUUCUCCCUAGCAACAUACUAAAAUAAAACAAAAUACUUUAAAAAAAAACUUUUUAAUUUUUGAAAUCUGAAGUUAUUAGAAAAAAGUUGUAAAUUACCCAGAAUAAGUCAUCAAUUUAUAAGAAAAUAAGUUGUAAAGUUGUAAAAACAAAGACACACAACAAAAUUACUUUAAAUAAAAAACAAGAAAAAAGUUGUAAUCUUAUCUUAAGUCUCCCCUUUUCAUAGCUGUCUCAGACCAUGCCUGUUGCAACGGAGUAUUAAAACAAAUCAGAGAUUUCAGAAUAAAGUUGUAAAAGUGCAACAAUAACAUCCUACAUUUAUGAAAAAAAAAAUUCUAUGACAAGAAAAUUUACAAAAAAAAUCAUAGCACGAGAAAGUCAUCAAUUUACGAAUAAAAAGUUGUAAAUUUACGAAAUAAAAAGUUGUAAAUUUACAAGAAGAAAGUCAUUUUAAUCAGAAAAACUGAUUAAUCAGUUAACCAGAAAAAGACAAAAGUCCUACAUUAAUAAGGAAAAAAGUCAUAUUAAGUUGACAAUUUAUGAGGAAAAAGUUGUACCGUUAUGUGAUCAAAAGUAGUAAAAUCAAAUAAUAAUAAAUAAGUCAAAUUAAAUAAAUACAUCAUAAUUUAAUAAAAAAAGAAAUUGUCAAUUUAUGAUACAAAAGUCAUUUAUGAGAAAGUCGCAUGACGAGAAACUCAUUCAUUUACGAGAAAAAAGCCGUACAUUUACGAGAUAAAAAGUUCUAAAUUUUUGAGAAAUAAAGUCAUCAUAUUAUGGGAAAAAGUUGUCAAUUCAUGAGGAAAAAGUCGUACUGUUAUGUGAUCAAAAGUUGUAAAACAAAAUAAUAAUAAAUAAAUAAAAUUAAAUAAAUAAAUCAUAAUUUAAUUUAAAAAAAAAAAUCAAUUUAUGAGACAAAAGUCCUACAUUGAUGAGAAAAAAAAUCACAUGACGAGAAACUCAUUAAUUUACGAGAAAAAAAAGUACAUUUACGAGAUAAAAAAGUUGUAAAUUUUUGAGAAAGUCAUCAUAUUAUGAGAAAAAGUUGUCAAUUUAUGAGACAAAAAUCCUACAUUUACGAGAAAAAAUGUCACAUUACGGAAAGUUGUCAAUUUCCAAGAAAAAUGUACAUUUACGAGAUAAAAAGUUGUAAAUUUUGAAGAAUAUAGUCAUUUUAAUCAAAUAAAACUGUCUAUGACACAAAAGUCUGAAACUGUACAAGAAUUUAAAAAAAGUACAUUUAUGAGAAAAAAAAGUCAUAUUAAGUCGUCAAUUUACGAGGAAAAAGUCGUACCGUUAUGUGAUCAAAAGUUGAAAAAUAAAAAUAAAUAAAUAUAAUUAAAUAAAUAAAUCAUAAUUCAUUUAUUUUUAAUUUUAUUUAUAAGUCAAAAGUCCUACAUUUACGAGAAAAAAAUGUCAUAUUACAAGAAAGUCGUACAUUUAUGAUAUUUUUGUAAAUAGUUGUCAUCUACUGUAAUAAUAAUAAUAAUAAUAAUAAUAAUAAUACUUAUGGAACUCCCCAUCAUUUACCUUCAAUCUCCACUUC